ACCUCAAUCAUACAUACAUACCAGUCCACCUCACUUCCCCCCUUCGGAAGACUCGUUCAUUCCAUCCUUCGAACGUUCGGACCAUGUUCUUUUCUUCACCGUCGCUCGAUUUUCAGAGCUCAUCCUCACUCUUAUCCCUCCCUGACGAUUGAGUUCAUUUCAUCAAGUAGCACAACUAAUCUACUACAUACAAAACAAAACCAGAAAUCCAAAUAAACUGAAACAUGUCCUCAACCUCAACCAUCCUGCGCGUGGGAAUCCUCACCGCAGACGAAGGCGCCAAAGCCAUCCAAGCCAUCUACCUCCCAGCCCUUCGUGCCCUUCCCACCUCGUUCCAGGUCCAAGCCAUCCACGAUGGCUCCAAGCAGCCCCUGUCAUACGAGACCGACAUCAACGGCAACAUCUGCAACGACCAUGACCACCACCACCACCACCAGCAGCAGUACGGCACCGGCACCAGCACCACCAUCCCCGUAGCCCCCACCCCCGACGACAUCCUCAGCAACCCAACCAUCGACCUAAUUCUCAACUUCAUGCCAAACGAGUACCACGAGACCUACACCAUCGCAGCCCUCCACUCCGGCAAACACGUCAUGGUGGAAACCCCCCUCAGCCUAAGCAUCCCCAGCGCCAAACGCAUCAUCGAAGCGGAGAAACACGCCCCCAACGGCGCCAAAGUCUUCGUCGCCUGCGCUCGUCGCUACGCCCCCAGCAUCGCCUCCGUCUUCCGACAAGAAGUCGCCAGUCUCGACCGCAUCUACUACGCGCGAUGCCGCAACAUCGCAGGCCCCAGUUCCGCACACACGGCCACCGCUCCGCGCAAGCAAGUCUGGAACGAGGUGAACGGACACGGCCAGCCCUUCCCCAUUUCACCCCCUUCUUCCCCCUCGGACUCCAUGACCGGAAAAACCCGCCCCCAGCUCCUCCAGGGUCUCCUCGAAGAAGCCUUCCUCGGCCAAGACCUCAGCAAAGAGCGCGUCGCCCUGUGCGAGUUCCUCGCCUCCCUGGGAUGUCAUGAUCUAGGCUUGAUGCGCGAUACCCUCGGCUAUCCGGACGCCGUGUCCAGCAUCUCCGUCAACGAACCUUAUUACUCUGCCGUCUUCCACUAUUACAGUGGCGGAAAGAGCGAACACGCGUUCACGCUGAUGUACGAGACCGGGACCGAUGCGGUGCCUCGAUGCGAUGCGCAUCUAACCAUCUACGGCGAUACGAAGACCGUGAGCGUGCAGUACGGUCUGCCGUAUGGUCGACGGCACGGGGUGAAGGUGGUUGUCGAGACUGUUGAUGAGAAUGGGGAUAUGAAAAGAUCGGAGACGGUGAGUGCGUGGGAGGAGAGCUAUCGCGAGGAGUUGAAGGCGCUGCAUGCGUAUUUGACUGAGGAUAGGGCUGUGAAGACUACGGCGAAGGAUGCGAUUCAGGAUCUGAGACUGUUUCAGACCAUCUUUGAGCAGUAUGAUCGCCAGUGUGGGACUAUUCGCACUCCGUUGGGUUGAAUUGUUUAUCUGUCGAUUGAUCUAAUGAUGGAGGGGCAUGUGUGGAGGGAAAGGGUGGGAAAGAUUGCUAUUGCGUUUGCCAGGCGCGGUCGUUGAUCAAGCUGGGAUU